UGAGUUGCAUCGCGCGGCGCGUCCAUGCUCGGCACAGCCGGGACCAGCUCAUAAAGGGUCAACAGCGGCCGAGACCCGGACGGUGUGACGUCACAGGUGAGACGGGGGCGUUGACGUCACAGAGUGGGGUCACAGAUUACCAUCCUGGCUUCUUUCUCUUUCCAUUCUCCUGCGACUGAAGUAAGUUUUCGCCUGCUCGGUAUUCUCGGGGAAGGCUACUAGCCUUCCCCACAGAGUUUGGUUUAAGAAGAAGUCCAAGAUGGCGGACCCUAUUAUGGACCUUUUUGAUGACCCAAAUCUAUUUGGCCUGGAUUCAUUAACUAGUGAUUCAUUUACCCGUGAUGGACCUGACACCAUGGAUGAAGCCCUUGGCCUGGGCAAUGUUCUGGAGUCUCUGGAACCGCUCACCACUGAUCGAGGUGAACAUGCAAUUCCAGAUGGAAUUGAGCAGCGACCAGAGCCACAGAUUGUGCAGGACAUUCCUGUCCCAGUUGCCGCAGUAGAACCAGUGCUUCCAUCCCAGCCAGCUACUAUUCCGGAAGCUAUAAACCAAGGCAAUCCCUUUAUGGGAACUUCCACUAGUGGACAAGCAGCUCCUAAAAUCAUGAUUUUGAAAGCGCCACCAGGAAUGACAGUGAGUGGUUGUCCUGUGACUCAAAUUCAGACACUGGCUCCUGGCCAGACAGCCAAUGGAGGCAAAGUGACAUUUGCUAAAGUCCUCACAGGGACCCCACUGAGACCUGGGGUAUCUAUUGUAUCUGGGAAUACUGUGUUAGCCAAAGUUCCAAACCCAUCUGUCACUGGACAGCCAGGAGUGCGACCUGUUCGACAGUUACUACUUCAGCCAGUGCGGACUACAGCGGGCACCGACCCUCACACUGGCACUAAACCUACAGUUACUUUGGCCUCUGCACCUCAGCAGGGGGAUUCUAAACGUAUCACACUUGUGCUUCAGCAACCCGCUCAGACUGCUUCUGGAGCACCGCAGGGUCAACGCCACGUGGUGCUUGGUGGUCUUCCGGGAAAGCUUGUCCUUCAAGGAAACCAGUUGGCUGCUCUGACCCAAGCCAAGACUUCUCAAGGACAACCAGCCAAAGUGGUGACAAUUCAGCUGCAAAUGCAGCAGCCUGGUGUGGCCGGACAAAUGCCACAGAGGUUUCAGAUUAUUCAGCAGGGACCAGGUGGCCUGACUAUUGGAGGACAGCAGGCGCAUGUUAUAAGUCAGCAAGGUGCUCAGAGGCUUUCAGUACCUCUCAAGGUUCUCUUACAGCCACAGGCUGGUUCUUCACAAGGUGCUACACAAAGUCUGUCUGUGGUAAAGGUUUUGAACGCAAAUGAAGUGGCAAAUCUCACAGCUGGCCAAUCUAUAGUGAAAGUCGGAGCUGGUGAAUCGCGUAAACUGGAUCAUCAGAAGAAACAGGAAAAAGCAAACCGUAUUGUGGCAGAGGCCAUUGCCAGGGCUCGUGCCCGAGGACAGCAAAAUAUUCCCCGUGUCUUAAAUGAGGAUGAACUUCCAAGUGUCCAUGCUGAUGAUGAUGAUGGAAGUCGGAAAAAGAGGAAGAAAAAAAAGGGUGAACCGGGAGAUGGUGCUAACGACAAGUCCAAAAAGUCUAAAUCGUGCAGUAGCUCACGGUCUAAGAGCAAAUCGAAGCCUAGUACCAUCACUCCUAUUGUAAGUAAGAAAAGAAAGCGCAACCCAUCAUCUGAUAACUCUGAUGCUGAAGUGGGGGCAUCUCAGGCUUCUCCAGCUGAGGAUGAAGAUAGUGUCCAGAAGAGACGAUCAAAUCGCCAAGUGAAACGUAAAAAGUACACUGAAGAUUUGGACAUUAAAAUUACCGAUGACGAAGAUGAUGAGGAAGUCGAUGUGACUGGUCCUGUCAAAAACGAGCCUGUCCUUCUGCCUGAACCCAUCCUGAUGCCUGACAAUGAAGCUGUCCCUUCCAUGCAGUUCUUUGUUGAGAACCCAAGUGAAGAAGAUGCUGCAAUUGUAGACAAAAUCCUGUCUAUGAGAGUGGUGAAGAAAGAGCUUCCUACGGGAGUUUAUAUUGAUGCGGAAGAAUUUUUUGUCAAAUACAAGAAUUACUCUUAUCUGCACUGUGAAUGGGCAACAAUUCAGCAGCUGGAGAGAGACAAACGCAUCCACCAGAAGCUCAAACGUUUCAAGACCAAGAUGGCUCAGAUGCGCCAUUUCAUGCCUGAGGAUGAGGAGCCCUUUAAUCCAGACUAUGUUGAGGUUGAUCGAAUUCUAGAUGAAUCACAUAGUGUUGAUAAAGACAAUGGGGAGCCCGUGGUGUAUUAUCUGGUGAAGUGGUGUUCAUUGCCUUACGAAGACAGCACUUGGGAACUUAAAGAAGAUGUAGAUGAAGGGAAGGUUGAGGAAUUUAAAGUUAUAGAAUCUCGUCUGCCCAGUCUGAAGCGUGUGGCAAGGCCGGCCUCUACGUCUUGGAAUAAAUUAGAUCUGUUGCAGGAAUACAGGCAUGGAAACCAGCUGAGAGAAUACCAGUUAGAGGGGGUGAAUUGGCUGCUCUUCAAUUGGUACAACAGGCAAAACUGUAUCCUGGCUGAUGAAAUGGGCUUGGGAAAGACCAUCCAGUCCAUUACAUUUUUGCAGGAAUUGUACAAUGUAGGAGUCCAGGGGCCUUUUCUAGUUAUUGCUCCGCUUUCCACCAUUACCAACUGGGAGAGGGAGUUUGCAAGUUGGACUCAAAUGAACACCAUUGUAUAUCAUGGCAGCUUGGCGAGUCGACAGAUGAUUCAGCAGUAUGAGAUGUACUGCAAAGACUCUAAGUCUGACUGUGGACUUACUGGUUUCAAUCGACAGGGUCGCCUGAUUCCCGGAGCUUAUAAGUUUGAUGCCUUGAUCACAACAUUUGAAAUGGUGCUUUCUGACUGCCCUGAGCUGCGAGAAAUAGAAUGGCGCUGUGUCAUCAUUGAUGAAGCUCAUCGUCUAAAGAACAGAAACUGCAAACUGUUGGAUAGCUUGAAGCACAUGGACCUGGAGCACAAAGUUUUAUUAACUGGAACGCCAUUGCAGAACACAGUGGAGGAGCUUUUCAGUCUGUUACAUUUCUUGGAGCCAACGCAGUUUGCAUCAGAGGCAGAGUUUCUGAAAGACUUUGGAGAUCUGAAAACAGAAGAGCAGGUACAAAAGCUUCAAGCCAUCUUGAAGCCAAUGAUGCUGAGAAGGUUAAAAGAAGACGUAGAAAAGAAUCUUGCUCCUAAGCAGGAAACCAUUAUUGAAGUUGAAUUAACCAAUAUUCAAAAGAAAUAUUACAGGGCUAUUCUGGAAAAGAAUUUUUCAUUCUUGACUAAAGGUGCCAGUCAGUCCAAUACACCUAAUUUGCUUAACACCAUGAUGGAACUGCGGAAAUGUUGCAAUCACCCCUACCUCAUUACUGGAGCGGAAGAGAAGAUACUAUCUGACUUUAGGGAAGCAACCCCUGUGAUCCCUUCAGACUUCCACUUACAAGCUAUGGUGCGCUCCUCUGGCAAACUGGUGUUAAUAGACAAGCUUCUACCCAAGCUUCGAGCUGGAGGCCACAAGGUUCUGAUCUUUUCCCAGAUGGUUCGAUGUUUGGAUAUUUUAGAAGAUUAUCUCAUCCAGCGCAGGUACCUCUAUGAAAGAAUUGAUGGUAGAGUUCGUGGGAACAUGCGACAGGCUGCAAUUGAUCGUUUCAGUCGGCCAGACUCUGACCGCUUUGUGUUCUUGCUGUGCACACGUGCUGGUGGACUUGGGAUCAACCUGACAGCUGCAGAUACUUGCAUUAUCUUUGACUCUGACUGGAAUCCUCAAAAUGAUCUCCAGGCACAAGCUCGCUGUCACCGAAUUGGGCAGAGCAAAGCAGUUAAAAUUUACCGGCUGAUAACCCGAAACUCCUAUGAGAGAGAGAUGUUUGACAAAGCUAGCCUAAAGUUAGGGCUGGACAAAGCCGUGCUCCAGUCCAUGAGUGGUCGAGACAACCACCUUAGUGGGCCAAUCCAACAGUUUACAAAGAAAGAAAUUGAAGACCUACUCAGAAAAGGAGCUUAUGCGGCCAUCAUGGAUGAGGAUGAUGAAGGUUCUAAGUUUUGUGAGGAAGACAUUGACCAGAUUCUCUUAAGACGAACCACCACAAUUACUAUAGAGUCAGAGGGCAAGGGCUCAACCUUUUCCAAGGCAAGUUUUGUGGCUUCUGAAAACAGGACAGAUAUUUCACUUGACGAUCCUAAUUUCUGGCAGAAAUGGGCAAAGAAAGCUGAUUUAGACCUAGUCCUCCUCAGUAGUAAGAACACCUUGGUAAUAGACACGCCACGUAUUAGGAAACAGACUCGGCACUUCAGUAACAAGGAUGAUGAUAUGGUAGAGUUCUCAGAUUUGGAAAGUGAUGACGAAGACCGUCCAAGAGCUCGGCGUCAAGAUCGUAAAAAUGGAUAUGGCCGUACAGACUGCUUUAGGGUGGAGAAACAUCUGUUGGUAUAUGGAUGGGGACGUUGGCGGGAUAUUUUAUCACAUGGUCGCUUUAAGCGUGGAAUGACCGAACGGGAUGUGGAGAGAAUCUGCAGAGCCAUCUUGGUCUAUUGCCUGUUACAUUACAGAGGAGAUGAGAACAUAAAAAGCUUUAUCUGGGACCUCAUCACUCCUGCAGAGAAUGGCAAAACUAAGCAGCUGCAAAAUCACUCUGGUCUUUCCAUCCCAGUCCCUCGGGGACGCAAAGGGAAAAAAAUAAAAUCACAGAGCAGCUUUGACAUUCAUAAAGCAGACUGGAUUCGGAAAUACAACCCAGACACCCUUUUUCAAGAUGAUGGCUAUAAGAAGCAUCUGAAGCACCAGUGCAACAAGGUACUGCUGCGGGUGAGAAUGUUGUAUUAUCUCCGACAGGAGGUGAUUGGGAGCCAAGCUUCAAAGGUGCUGUCAGCGGUUGAUGCUAGAGAAAUAGAUAUAUGGGUCCCUCAGGUUGAUCAAGCAGAUGCCCCCUCACUCUGGUGGGACAGAGAGGCGGACAAAUCUCUUCUCAUUGGUGUUUUCAAACAUGGUUAUGAGAAGUACAACACCAUGCGUGCUGAUCCUCUGCUUUGUUUCUUGGAAAAGGUGGGAGGACCAGAUGAGCAGGCAAUUGCAGCCGAGCACCAUGCACAAGACUUUGCUGAAUUGCCUGAGAGUGGAGACUUUGAUAGGGAUAUUGAAGAUCCAGAAUACAAACCACUACAUGGCCAGAAAGAUCCUGAGGAUGAGAUGGACCCUUUAAUGAUGGAUGAGGAAAUAUCUGUAGUUGAUGGUGAAGAAGCAACACCAAUGCCAAGUGGCAUGUUAUGGCCACCAGGGUCUGCUCUCACAGCUCGUCUCCGUCGCCUUAUUACUGCCUGCCAACGUAGCUACAAACGUGAACAACUAAAGAUGGAAGCUGCAGAAAGAGGUGACAAACGGAGGAAACGUUGUGAAGCCGCUUUCAAACUGAAAGAAAUUGCACGUCGAGAGAAGCAACAAAGGUGGACACGGCGUGAGGCCUGUGACUUUUUCCGUGUGCUAUCCAGCUUUGGAGUGGAAUAUGAUCCAGACACACAACAUUAUGACUGGCAUAGAUUUCGUAGCUUAGCAAGAUUGGACAAGAAAACAGAUGACUCUCUGCUUAAGUAUUUUCAUGGUUUUGUGGCAAUGUGCCGGCAAGUGUGUCGUUUGCCACCAGCCGCAGGAGAUGAACCACCAGAUCCAUCUCUGUUCAUUGAACCCAUAUCAGAAGAACGUGCCUCACGAGCUUUGUUCCGUCUAGACCUCCUGCGUAGGGUGCGCGAACAGGCCCUGUGCCAUCCUUUACUUCCUGCACGUUUAUCUCUUUGUCGGCCAGACUCAGAACUGCCAGAGUGGUGGGAAAGUGGCCGUCACGAUAAAGAACUACUUGAAGGAGCAGCUCGCUAUGGUCUGAGCCGCACUGAUCUCACGUUAAUGCCAGACCCCUCGUUUUCGUUUUUAAGUUGCCGCCUCAGCUACCUCCAAUCUCUGGAUGUGGCUAAUCACUCCCGCCCAUCCACUCCCACGUCUGUUGCUCCUUCGCUGCCUCCCCAAGAACUUAAUCAACCUCAUAUGCUUUCGCUUUCCUCAUCUGUGAGCUCUUCUCCAGCUCCACGCAGAUCCUCUUGUUCUUCAUCGUCUUCAUCAUCUAGUUCAGAUGAUUCCUCAGAUGAGAAUGAGAACAGAUUAUCCAAACUUAAUGCAGGCCUGCCACAUUCUCGUUUAUUUGAUGAAGAAAGUCGCUUGUCUCUCACUGCCUCCCCUGCUGACCUCAACACAGAGGACAGUGCUCAGACGGUUCUGGAAAAUCCACACAGUGCAGAAUGGCCAAAGGACCGAGUUCUAAUCUGUCGAAUUGAACAAGUUUGUAAUGCGGUGUUGACUGGAAAAUGGUCUUCACCACGAAGAAUAACCGACCCACUAAGUGACAGUCCUGACAGCCUCUCUCCGACACCAGAAGAACGGAGUCCUGCCUCUUUUACACACAUACGCUCUGUACCUGACCCAAAGGAAUUUACAGUACAAAUCAGAAGUGAAGAAGGGCUGAAAAUCAAGUUUCAGAAACACAAGCUUCUAGGUAAUGGAGCAGUGGAGUCUGUACAGCAUGUCCAUAAGAAGAAAAGUAAAAAGAAGCUGGCACAAAUGGAUCUAGAUAUGGAUGCUCGAAUACCAGUUGUGAAUCAGAGGGAUGGCACGGUGCUUCUUGGAGAGGAAGCCCCAAAACGCUGUCAGUUGCAUGAAUGGCUGCAUAGACACCCGGACUACAUUGUGGAUCCCCGCUUUAUAGCAUAUAUGGAAGACCGAAGGAAACGCAAAAAGAAGAGUAAGAAAGCAAAAUCUUCCUCAACAGCGCUUGGAAGUGGGGGCACUGUGCAGCAAUCUCACCAUCAUAAUGGUAAAAAGUCUUCUCUUCCAGAGACUACAUUUGAUACUCAGCAUCUUCCCACAGCUGCUAAAAAGAGGAAGAAACGUCCUCCUUCCAAGAUAAUAAUGCCACCUGUGAUGCACACAGCUGGGGACUCUUCUCAUUCCUUUACCCGGGACCCUAGACCAGAACCCGCUAAUGCUUUGCGGGCUAUGUAUGGAGCAGCAGGGGGAGGAAUCCUACACCAGUCUGGACUUGGAGGAAUGGGAUUACCCCGUUUCCACUCUCUGCAUGCAGCGUCUGCAAGCAGAAUUCAAGGACCUACAUAUGGAGAUGAUUUACCUGGCUAUGAGCCCCCACAACAACAUUUUUCUUUGCUGGAUGACCCUAUGAUGCCAGCAAAUUCUUCUUCUAGUGACGAUGAUUUGGACAGACCCUGAUAAGACCAUUCCCAUUGUGGGAACUAUGAACAACUCAGAGAUGCAGGGCCAAAACCUCUCUUUAGAGCCUUCACAAUUUUCUCAUCGGUAGCCUGUUUUUUUUUGUUUUUUUGUUCUCCCUUCUCCUUAUCAGAACUCCAAACAGUUUCCAGCUUCUAGUCCCAGGAUCCCCCGCGGCAGGAUUCACGCUGGAUCACAAAGGACAAAUGAUAUAUAUAUAUUAUUUUUUUUUAUUUAAUAUUAACUCUCUUGCUGGAAGGGGCCUUGUACCACACUAGCACAGAACAGGUUCUGGAACAUGAGGAACAGUCUUAAAGUGCAAUAAAGCACUUGGGAUCUGGGUGGCAAGGUCCCUGUCCCAUUUUGGGGUUCUCCACUAUUCACCCAGCCCUGAUGUGCAUCACUCCCAUAGGUCACUGUUAUGGGGAUAAGAUGAAUUGGAUGUGUUGCGGUCACAUAACUGCAACUUAAGUUGCACAGGACAUAAGAAAAUCUUUGCAAAGCAGAGUUAGAUCUGUGUAACAUCUGUAUGAGGGAGGGGAUGGGCACUUUCUGUUUGUGUGUACAUGCGGGACCUGACACUGAGGAGCAGAAAAUGAAUUUUGUAGGGUGCAGGAAAUGUGAGGAGCCAGCCCUCACGUUGCCUCCUCAGACAUCCAUAAGAAAUUAAUAAAUUACUUGAUUUAA